GAGUGGCUGAAGAGUCGGGGAACCAGCUUGACGUGCCACAGAGACAGUUCACAGUUGUUGUGUGGUGCUGGGGGUGCUGAGAGAGUCCAGUUCUCUUGUUGCUGUCAUGGGUUUCAGGGAGGUGCUGCUGUCCUUCCUCCUGUUGUCUGUUGGGAGCUGGUGCAGAGGAGCUGUUAUCACAGGGGCUUGUGAGAGAGAUGUGCAGUGUGGUUUUGGCCUUUGCUGUGCUGUCAGUCUAUGGCUGAGGGGUCUGAGGAUGUGUGUCCCAAGAGGUGUGGAAGGGGAUGAGUGCCACCCCUUUAGCCACAAGGUACCCUAUCCAGGGAAAAGGCAACAUCACACCUGCCCCUGUCUCCCCCACUUGGUGUGCACCAGGUAUGCUGACAGCAAGUACAGGUGUACUGAGGACUUCAAAAACAUGGACUUUUAACGGACGAGAGAACACCCAGAAUGAUGCAAGCACAACAGCAAACAGAGUGGAAAUCCGAACGGCCUGCGGAUCAAAAUCUUCUUCAGUGACUUUAUUCUUCAUUUGUGUACGCUAUGCACUAAAAUGUAUGGGUUCUACUGAUGCACACAACAAGCACAUAAAAAGAAACAGGGAAGUGUAACCAACAAGAUCUACAAUAAACAUGAGACAGCUUUAAUUUAACAAGCCAAAUGUUACCCCGAGAGUUAUUUGCGAGCCUUUAGCACAUCUGCUGUUUCUUUCAUGCUCAUUUUAUAUUAAUUCAUCAUGAGACGUGUUCGAGUAUUACUGUCAAUAAACAUAUACAUAAAGUUGUGUUUUAUAGAGGGCUCAGUUAAUAUUGUUACAUAAAACAUUAUGUUCUGUAUGGAAUGGAAAUGUCAACUGGUUUUAAUCACAGUGUGAUAACGGUCAUAAACAGAAUCUUAGUGCAAAUACUUUCACACGCAAACUGACCUUGUAUAAUAUAUUUGAUUAGUGCAUACGUGAGUCAAGGUGAAAUUCCCUCAUGUUAAAUCGUUAGUAGUUCUUUGUUUCUUCUGUCUUAAAUUGAAAUGUACCGUGUCCAGUGUGAAAUCAUGACUUGACACGUGGACUUCAAAAGCUUUAACUAAUAAAAAAUUAAUAACAGGAAAACAUUAAGGGAAAAAGUAGUAUAGAUCACCAGAGAUGUUAUGAACUGGGAGUAUUACCCUGCAGCUGUGAGGUACUUGUGCUGUCCUUUACUUACUCUACUUGUUCUUUAUAUUUAUACUGCACUGCAUCUGUGUAAAAUAUUGUCCUUUGUACUUAUAUUUAUUUGACAUCUGCAGUAACUACUUACUUUUUAGGUCGAGUUACCACAUAGAAAACAUUUAUAAUGCUCAUCAAAUACAGCUCGCCGUUACAGUAUAUAAAGAGCUGCAGCCUUAGCUACAGCAUAAAACACCGCUUAUACAUAAAUGCACAGCAAAUAAUAAUAAACCAGAAUAAAUUCAAAGACUAGCCACUUACAUCAUUUGUUUAAUGUAGGAUUACAUUUUGAUAACUGUAAUUGAGUAUGUUUUGAUUGGAGUACUAUAAUUGCUACUUCUAUUGGGUGUGAAUACUUUAUGCUACCAAUUUGUUAAAUGUUACUGCAGCGUAGUACAGAAAAACAGCUAUUGUUUUUCAGUGAACUUAUGAAAAUUUUAGAAAAAGUGUUUGUCUAAA